AUAUUUAAGAAACAAUAUCCUAUGUGCGGAUGGUAGCGAGAAAAUGGCAUUCUAAAUUUUAGCAUGUGUCUUUACUCAUUAGAUUUUGUUUAUAUGCUUGUUUUUUCUGGAUCCUGAAUUUAAUUAGCUGACUCAUUCAAUCAAACAUAUCUAUGUUAUUUUUCAGACCAUUGAUGACCUACAAAAUAGAGACUGAUCCCUUGUGUUUGGAACUUCAGAUCGUGUAGAAAUGACUACUUUAUACUUUGGCUUUUGCUCAUAAAUUUCACAACUCUGCACCUUCCUUCACUUGUUCCCCUAUCACUGUUAUAUUUUGAAUUCUUAUCUACCAUGUCAGAUACCACGUUUGGAUUCAAUUUUACCUUAGCCAGUGUCCCUACUUCUCCUAUAACACUUUCUUCUAAUAGAGGUUUAGGCUCUGAUGGAAUAAUCACUCUAGCUUUUGUUAUGAUGUUCCUUCCCUUUUUGGCUUUAUGUUGCAUUAAAAAAAUGAAUCAGAAUGAUAGCACUUCAGAGCAAAAAAUUCUGAACCUCACUGUGGAUAAAUUUCUGAUCGAAAUGGAAAGAGAGAAGCCAAUCAGGUUUGCCAGUGAGCAGCUAAAGACUGCAACUGGUAACUACUCUAACUUGCUUGGUUCAGGAGGGUUUGGAGAAGUAUAUAAAGGAAAUCUUAUCAAUCAAACCACUGUGGCUGUGAAGGUUCUGCGUGGGAGUUCAGUAGACAAGAAAAUUGAGCAGCAAUUCAUGGCAGAAGUGGGUACAAUUGGUAGAACUCAUCAUUUAAACCUUGUCCGGCUAUACGGCUUUUGCUUUGAAAAAAACUUGAUAGCACUGGUUUAUGAGUACAUGGUGAAUGGCUCCCUUGACAGGUUUCUGUUUCAGGAGAACAAGAGCUUAGGAUAUGAAAAGCUUCAUGAGAUUGCAGUUGGGACAGCUAGAGGCAUUGCAUACUUGCAUGAAGAGUGCCAACAGAGGAUAAUUCACUAUGACAUAAAACCAGGAAACAUUCUCUUGGACAGGAACUUCAAUCCCAAAGUUGCUGAUUUUGGUUUGGCUAAGUUGUGUAACAGGGAAAAUACUCACAUAACCAUGACUGGAGGAAGGGGGACUCCUGGUUAUGCCGCUCCUGAACUUUGGAUGCCAUUUCAUGUAACUCAUAAGUGUGAUGUUUACAGCUUUGGCAUGCUGUUAUUUGAAAUCAUAGGUAGGAGAAGAAACCUUGACAUUGAACUUCCUGAGAGCCAGGAGUGGUUUCCAAUCUUGGUUUGGAAGAAGUUUGAUGCUGAAGAACUUGGGGAGUUAAUGACAGUCUGUGGGGUAGAUGAAGAAAAUAAGGAGAUAGCAGAAAGAAUGGUAAAGGUAGCUCUGUUGUGUGUUCAGUACAGGCCAGAAUCAAGGCCUAUAAUGAGUGUUGUGGUCAAAAUGUUGGAAGGUUCUGAUGAAAUUCCUAAACCUUCGAACCCAUUUCAGCACUUGAUGAAUGGGUCUUUGACUGCUAAUCCAGUCCAAGGGUCACAGACUUAUACAACAACUGUUUCUUCCAGCUCUUCUGUUUUGGUAAGUGACACCAACCUAUGUGCUACUCCUGUUAUGAGGAAGUAUGAGAUUGAAUUAGCCUCUAGUAUAUGAUGGAAAUUGGACUUUGCAUUUGGGUUCAAUAAGUUGUAAAAUAUUUUCCCAUUUCAUUUUCAUCUACUUGUUAUUUUUUUU